UCCUUCUCUCUGCUAUGGAAUAAUCAAAGUGAAAAAACAUCAUAUUAUAAUUGAAUUUGUUAGAUAAAUAUAGAUAAACGAUGUUAAAAUAAUCGGAAUAUUAUUUAUCGUCAUUUGUUUUGUAGAUAUCCACUUAAAUGAUCAUUAUUUUUUUAUGAGAAGUUCUAAAUAAAUUUAAAGUGAUUACCAACACAAUACAAUCCUUUGACAAGCAUUUAAUUGUACGAGGACCUGCGGAAGGAAUCAAUUAAAGAACAUUAUGUGCCUGCCAAGUAUCUCGGGUAUUCCAGAUAAACAUUGGCAACCACCUUUCGUUACUUUUGAAACGACGAUGGGUGAAAUAACUUUGGAGCUGUACUGGAAACAUGCUCCAAUCACAUGUAGAAACUUUGCUGAACUCACAAGACGUGGAUACUAUAAUGGUACAAAAUUUCACAGAAUCAUCCGUGACUUUAUGAUUCAAGGUGGAGAUCCCACAGGGACUGGAAAAGGUGGAAUGUCCAUAUAUGGCGAAUGUUUUGAUGAUGAGAUACAUGAUGAUUUAAAACACACAGGUGCUGGAGUAUUAUCAAUGGCAAAUACAGGGCCAGAUACAAAUGGAUCACAAUUUUUUAUCACAUUAGCACCUACUCAAUGGCUUGAUGGGAAGCACACUAUAUUUGGUCGAGUUUAUUCUGGUAUGGCAAUAGUAAAAAGGAUUGGAUUAGUUGAAACUGAUAAGAAUGAUCGACCAGUAGAUGAUGUCAAAGUUGUAAAAGGUUCUGUGAAAAACACGUGAUUCUUACAAAAGAAAAUUCUUUGUAAGAUGUGAAUU